GGAGAAGGGUCGUUCUUCGGAGUGUCAGGUGGUUUCCUGGUUCGGCUGCAGUCCGUGUUGGGGGACUCGUCGCCGCCAUGUCCGGGCUCGCGCUGCUGUAUUCGGGGUUGGGGCUCAGCGCGGCCGCCGCCCUCACGGGCAUCGGGAUCUGCUACACAAUAUUUGGCCUGGGCUUCCGUUUCGAUGUGGCAUGGUUCCUGACGGAGACCUCACCAUUCAUGUGGUCCAACCUGGGAAUUGGCCUGGCCAUCUCACUGUCGGUGGUGGGUGCUGCCUGGGGCAUUUACAUCACUGGAUCCAGCAUAAUUGGUGGUGGUGUCAAAGCGCCGAGGAUCAAAACCAAAAAUCUGGUCAGUAUCAUCUUUUGUGAAGCUGUGGCCAUCUACGGGAUUAUCAUGGCUAUUGUGAUCACCAACAUGGCUGAGCAAUUUACUGGCAGAACCCCUGAGGAAAUUGGUCACCGGAACUAUUUUGCAGGUUAUUCCAUGUUUGGUGCAGGCUUAACUGUAGGCCUUUCCAACCUCUUCUGUGGUGUAUGUGUGGGAAUUGUGGGGAGUGGUGCAGCGUUGGCAGAUGCCCAGAAUGCCAGCCUGUUUGUCAAGAUCCUCAUCGUGGAAAUCUUUGGCAGUGCCAUUGGACUCUUUGGAGUGAUCGUGGCGAUCUUGCAGACAUCUAAAGUGAAAAUGGGUGACUAAGCUCUUUGUGACCGAUCUGUUGGUCAGCUACAGAUUCUGUACAUAUUUAUUUAAUGUCUUCUGUUGGCUGGGGGCGGAGCUUGGUGUAUAAAGUUAUUCCUGUGAUCUUCGCCUCCUGAGCCAUGGAAGAACCUGACCAAUUGAUGUGUAUGUGUGAGAAUCUAUCCUUCUCUUCCCCCAUCUUUUUCCUGCUCUCCGUCCUCUGAAGAAAGGGGCUGGGUGCCUGGGUGGAAGGAGCCUAGAGUGUUCCAGCCCUUGCGCUCCCUGUGGCAGUCACUGCCAGCUGCAACUCAAUGUCCUGUGAAAGAAACUCGUUCAUGUCUCAAGUAGCUGCCCUUCUUUGUGUGCCCCUUGCUACUGUGCUCCUCUUGCUACCCCAGCUCCUGGUGGCUCUGACAGCCCAUUUUGUCCUGAAUUACGGUGGCACUGGCUGAAAUCUUGGCACUGAAGGCUCUGGGAGGUGCCCUCCUAGACACAAGUGUGCCAUGCCAAACAGCACAUAGGAGUUCAAAGGUGUACUUUUUGGAAUUCUCUGAAGCAUCACAAAUUAUUGGUUAUUAAAACUGAUGAUAAUGAAAGUAU